GGCCUGGUAACACUGGCGGGUUGGCAGCAGUGCAAGCCGCCGCUGCGCAUGCGCCAUCUUGGCACGAAAGUUUAAAUCGCGGUGUUGUUGUGGUCGUCGUGGUGGUGCUGAUCGAGGUGGUUGUGGCUGGCCACGCAGUGAUCAAAGGUUCCAUGAUAGAAAGAGUGAACAGUCAUGGAGCAAAGUGACAAAGAGUCAAGUCAGUGGGAGCAGAGUAAGGAGAACAUUCAGCCACUGAAACAAGGCAGAAGUGCCACAGUGUUGUCUGUGGUGCUUAGUGAUAAUGCUGCACAGAAACUGAACAUCAUCAGGCAUGAGUUUGAGGAGAAACUGCGCACAUACUCUGGAGAUGAUCCUCUGGAGGUCUGGUAUGAGUAUGUCCUUUGGGUUGAACAGAAUUAUCCCAAAGGAGGCAAGGAGGGGAAGCUGACCAAGUUGAUUGAAAAGUGUUUGAUUGCCAUGUAUUCCAGUGAAGAUCUUAGGGAGAAGUAUGUGAAUGACCAACGGUUUCUGGACAUAUGGAUAAAAUAUGCCAACUUGUCUCCAAAUCCACUUGAGAUAUACCAGACUAUGGAGGCAAAGGGUCUGUGUUUAUCUCUGGCUGAUUUUUACAUCAGUUGGGCUUGGGAAAUGGAAAAGGCUGGCAAUUUCAUGAAAACUGAAGCAAUUUUUGAGAAAGGUUUCCAAGUUGGAGCAAAACCUCUCUCCAGCCUUCACGAGUCACACAAGAAGUUCCAAAUUAGAAUUGCUCGAUCUACUAUAGAGGGUACAUUAAUGGACCAAGAGGUUAACAACGCAGAGCAAGAACGUGUGGCACUUGGUACCCUGAAGUCCCAGGGUCAAAGUAUCCCAGUUAACAGGAGUGGACCAACAUUGAUUGGUCCAGCUGGUCGUUUUCAUCAGGAUUUUGCUUCAAAAGAAAACAGUGGUCCAGCAUUUUCUAUACUGAAAGAUACAUCUUCAAAAGGAGUUAUAUCCAGUGCUCCUUCCGAGGAAAAACAGAGAGGUGCACUGGGGAUUGGUCAUUCAAGCAACCGAGAGAACACUAGAAAACCCAGCCAUUGGACCAAAGCCAAAGUUCACCUGAAAACAAAAGACAUUGUUCCUGUAGAGGAUAUUGACAAGUAUCAGAUACCAAAAUUCUCAGUUCAUGAAGAUGAAAAUGCAUCUCAGAAGGGGAGAAGUCAAGUUAGAGUUUCCCAUGCAAGCAAUGUACUAUCUGUGCACAAGGAAGAAUAUGACAGCUGGGAUGUUCAGCUCUUUAUUCCUGAACCAUUUGACCCUAAAGUUCAGCCACAGUAUUGUAAGCACAAGGUAUAUUGUGGAACAGAAGAAUUCAGUUUUGAGGAGCUGAGAGCUGCACAGUUUGCAAAAAAAGAGAGAGAAAAGAAAGAGAAAGAAGAUGAGCUUCAGCAAAUGAGAGAGAUGCUGAAGAAGCAGGAAGAGUUGAUUCAAAAACUGUUACAUGAUAAAGUCGAAGAAAAGCAACUUCAUGCACCCAGGGAUGAGGCACCACCAAAGCUACAGAUAGCAUCUCAAAAGAAAGAAUUAAAGUCUGGCAGUGUCAUAUACCAGGAUAGCUGGCUUUCCAUCAACAAAUCUGUCAAUGCAUCUACCAGUGUAUUGCAUCUUCUUGAUGAAAAUGAGCAACCACCAAACAUUGGGUGCAGCAGAGAGUCAUCCGUCAGCAGCAGCAAAUCCCCAGCUAUCACUCUUGGUUCUGGCUCUCAAGAUGGUGGCAACCUUAGCACAAGUGGAAAUUCUAGAGGUUUGAGCCUCAUUGACCCCACUGGGGAUGCUACAAAUAUCAUGAUUGAUAUAUUUUCUGCUAGUCUCUCACAGUCAGCAUCCCAGCCAAUGACAGAUAGAGUUGGAAUCUCAGAAGGAACAUCAAAUGGGGCUCCAACAUUUCCCAUUCAUGAGGAUGGCAAUGAAAAACAACAACUUGUUGGAGGAAACAGUGCCACUCCCUUCCCAAUUUUUAGUGAUCCUGCAAGUCCAAAGAAGAAAAUGGAAACCCGUGGAAUACCACAGCCAACUAGAGUACUUAAGGAAAAGGCAGUAACAGAAGCAGCAGCAGCUGAAGCAGAACCAACACCAACAACAGCAAGACCUGAAAUAAUUGUAUCUACAGUGGAUGACAUUGAAAAGUACCCUGAGAAUCAAGAUGAAAACUGCCCCCCUUCAGGCCUGGUUCAGCAGCCCUGUGAAACCCGUCACAUUUCAGGAAUCCUUGUGCCUGCAAAAGAUAUUCCGAUUCCAAAAGAUCAUGAGAAUCAUGAAAUUAGCAAAGCAACAAAUGAGAUUAAUUGGAAUGACAAUGACAAUGAAGACCUGGAUGAUUUUGUGCCUCUAGAUGGUAGGCAUCUAGAAGAUUUUACCAUCAAGAUGCCCAACAAUAUUGAAACUUUCGCACACAUGGCCAAAGUAGCGUCCACACCAGUCCCUUGGGCCAUGGAACCUGUAGCAAAGUCACCAUCCACUAAGGAUAAUUAUUCCAUAGCCACUGGAACAUCAAAUAAUCACUAUCCACUAAUAGAAGAUGAAGAAAAAAGCAGUGAGUCACCAAAGAAAAAUGGCAAUAAUGUAGAAUUAAUGCCGCCUCCAUCAACCACAAAGGCUCAUUCUGCAUCCCUCAGUUCUGCCACUUCACAGUAUCUUCAUGAACCAGAAGCUGCUCUUUCUCCUAUAAUGGAAGCAUCACGAGAAUUCAGAUCAUCUUCAAGCAGCUCUGGGUGCUGUACUACUCCUCGUGGCCACUCGGUGCAUGGCAUCAGCCAACCUGGUAACUUCUCCUUAAGUAGUACUGCUCACAUGUCACGCAUUCGUCACCACUCACAUCCUGACCCAGAGUUUGUUGCUGAACCCCUGCCACCUAUUCAGCCUGGAGACUUUACCAAAUCUGGCUACUUAGCUGAUAGAUCAAGAGGGGAGAGCUUGGCAGAUUCUUUGCCAUAUACCUCUGGAGCUGCACAACCCCUGUCCAAAGGUCAUGCAGGACAAUUCAGUGGUUUAGCAGCUGAGAUGGUUUGGGAUCUCAAGGAUAUGAUUUUACCACCCGAAGAUGCUGAAGACAAGAAAAUUGAAUUAUCUCAUGUACAGGAAAAAAAGUGUGAGUUUCCCAAGAAUAUCAACCCCUUUGAUGAGAACAUUAUAGAGAAAAUUCUCUCAAAUUUGGAAUUGCCUCUUAAAAAGCGUGGUGGAUAUGUGGCAGUCACAGGAAGCAUGCCCUGCUUGAAGGCCAAGCUGCAGGUCACUCUGGGAAAGGAGAUAUUCCAUAUUUAUAAAGUGUGUGGUGAGGGGGCAUAUGCAAAAGCCUACAGAGCAAUUACUAUGGAUCCACUUAAUGUGACACUGAUGUCCCAUGACACUGAAGAGGAUAAUGAACAGCAGGUCAUUCUGAAAGUACAGAAACCAGCAUGCCCCUGGGAAUUUUAUAUUUGCCAUGAAUUGAGACAACGCCUGAAAGCAUCUCGGUGUUCCCAAAUCUUCUUGGAUGCCGUAAUGAAAGUUGACAGAGGUUAUUUCUUCUCCAAUGGAUCAGUUCUUGCCAAUCAAUACCAUAAAUAUGGCACUCUCUUAGAUGCUAUCAAUAGAUACCGUGGAGUUGGCCAAACCUUUCCUGAGGAUAUUGCCAUGUAUUUCAUGGUAGAGAUACUGUCGAUUUUGGAAGCAGUACACAGUUGCAACAUCAUCCAUGCUGAUAUCAAACCAGAUAAUUUCCUUGUCCAAGCCAUCAAUAUAGAAUGUGACACCACCUCUAUAUUUUCAAGGGGCCCUGUGUAUCUGAAACUGAUUGAUUUUGGUCGCAGCAUUGACAUGAAUGCUUUUCCAGAAGGAACAAAAUUUACUGAAGUUGUUACAACUGAGAAGUUCACAUGCUGCGAAAUGAUGGAACAGCGACCGUGGACUUUUCAGAUUGACUACUUUGGAGCAGCAGCCAUUGCUCACCUUUUCCUCUUUGGCUCAUAUAUGGACGUGAAGAAAACAACUGCUGGCCAGUGGAGCAUUAAAGGAGCCUUUAAGAGGUACUGGAAAAAGGAUCUCUGGGAGAUGCUUUUCUCAACCCUAUUGAAUGUUCCUUCAUGCUCAUCUCUUCUUAAUCUUAGUCAUCUAAAACAAGAAAUCAUCACAACAUUUCAUAAGUCAGGGAUGCAUAAGGAUAUAAAUGGAAAGUUACAGGAAUUUUCUACACAGAUUACACAACUGUAGAAAUAAUUGUCAAAAUAACACUAACUUCCAUUGAUAUAUAUUAUAUACAUUGUAUUGCAGAUUAAGUGUUCAACUUUCACUUCCAAACUAAUUUCAAGUUUCAUAAAGUGUCAACCGAAUUCAAAGGAACCAGAAAUAUUUUACUUGUGAUGAAGACUGAGUUCAGCUGUAGAUUUGUGUUCAUCAGUUUCUUUUGGUGUUAUUUUGAUCAUAAACAUUAACCAUGAACUUCAUUAGCUCAGUGACUGGCAUAGGCAUAGUCAUUGUCAAACAAAAAAAUGUAAAAUAAUUAGUUUUAUAAACAGCAAGCAUGGCAACCAGACAUUUUAACUUACAUCACAUUUUUAGUACUUUUAAGAAUCCUGCCUCAACACUACCAUGAAAAAAAAAAAAAAAUAGUGCAAGUCAGGAUAUUUUUAUUUUUAUUUUUUUAUUUUUUAUUUUUAUUUUUUUUAGACAGCGAGUAUUUAAUGAUUUUGGAGUACAUUUGCUUAGCGUUUUAAUGUAGUUUUUUUUACAUCAAAUAAAUGUGUUUUUAUUUGUUUUGUUUUUUGUAUAAUUACAAUAAUGUAAUAAAAUUCCUGUAAUAUAAAUACAAUGACAAAACCACUUUUAUAAAUGGAAUGCAGCAUACACAGUAGUAAUAAUUAAUAGUUAUAAUAUCUUAAAAAUGCCUUAUGUUAAGAAGCUUGCUAAACUGAACUUUUGAUAGAGCAAAUGAGGAAGCAGCUUUUAAUAUAAUUUGUUGAAGAAAUAAUUUUAUUGUAAUGUAAAAUUAAUGUUAACUGCAAAAUCUUAUGAAAUUCUAACUUCCAGUUGUAAAGACAGUGAAGCACCUGUUUGAUAUUUAGAUAUCACAAAAAUACAGCACAGCAUUGGUCUCCCUUCAAUAAAUGAAAUACCCAUUUUCUAGUUGUAUUUGCAAGGACCGACUGGAAAAGCAGUAUAUUCAGUAUUACAAAAAUGCAGCACGAAGUAUCAGUUCAAACCAUACCCAUCCUCAUUCUUCUACCAGAAAUAUUAGCACUUACAACAUUGUCAAAUAAAGAAGUGUUGGCAGAUUUUA